AUGGAGUCGACGCCCGGACAGCUUCGAGACGCGGGACGAGACGCCAGCUCUUCCCCCAGUUCAAAGCAGGACGCACAGAGCUUCUCCAGCCCCAGCUCCCUCAAACCAAACCAAGUGAGUGAGACCUCCCUGUACGGGGUUCCCAUCGUAUGUCUGGUCAUAGACGGUAAGGAGAGACUCUGCCUGGCGCAGAUUUCUAACACCCUGCUGAAAAACUACAGCUACAACGAGAUACACAACCGCCGGGUGGCUUUGGGCAUCACCUGUGUGCAGUGCACCCCGGUCCAGCUGGAGCUCCUGCGGCGCGCCGGGGCCAUGCCCAUCUCCUCCAGGCGCUGCGGCAUGAUCACCAAACGGGAGGCCGAGAGGCUCUGCAAGUCCUUCCUGGGAGCGCACAGCCCUCCAAAGCUACCAGAAAAUUUCGCAUUUGAUGUGUUUCAUGAAUGCGCCUGGGGCUGCAGGGGCAGCUUCAUACCCGCAAGAUACAACAGCUCCAGAGCAAAGUGCAUCAAGUGCAGCUUUUGCAACAUGUAUUUCUCCCCAAAUAAAUUCAUUUUCCACUCCCAUCGCACCACAGAGUCCAAGUAUCUGCAGCCGGACGCGGCCAACUUCAAUUCGUGGAGACGCCACCUGAAACUGACGGACAAAAAAUCUGAGGACAUUAACCACGCGUGGGAGGAUGUAAAGGCCAUGUUCAACGGUGGGAGUAGAAAGAGGACUCUGCCCAUGAGCGGGUCGGGGAUGUCCUCAUCGAUGAAAUCACAGGCUUCGUCCACCCUGGCCCAAACCAGUUCCCCUGAGAUCCCUCACAAAACUUUACGGUGCGACGAGGAUCAGGGGAAUAAUAACCUGAGUUUGGCGAGCGGCGCUCGGACCUACCCAGUCAUCCCAGUGCCCAGCAAGAGCUUUGGCAUGCUUCAGAAAAUCCCCCCACCUCUGUUCCCACACCACCCCUAUGGCUUCCCCAGCUAUGGGCUGUGUCAGAAAAAGAGCGACGGUGUGCCUGAUGCGAACAAAACCAAUGUGUCUGGUGUGUUUUGGCCUGGCGCAAAGGACACCCUCUACCCUGCUUUCCCCAUGUUUUGGCCUACAGCUGGUGGCCUACCCAUGCCACCCUACCCAGGGUCUCCACCCAAACCUCCUCCAGAGCUGCCAGGCGUCCGGCAGAGCGAGCUUGACUUAUCGGACCAAAGUGACCGGGGCGCAAACACACCCAAAGACAGCAACCACCACUCUCACCAUCAGCAGGACGGUGGAGAGCGCUGUUCCAGCUCCCAGUCCUCCUCAACCAGGAACGACGAGGACAAGUCCGGGGACGAGACCUCACAGAGGAAAAUCAGCUACAUUUCGGCCUUCAGACCCGUGGUUAAAGACGCGGAGACCAUCGCCAAACUCUACGGCACCCGGGACAGCUACGGCGUGCGCCCUGGCUACCUGUCCCCGGAUUUUAUCAGCGAGAGCUCCAGUUAUAGAUCGAUAUCACCGGACAGGGACAGCGUGGUGGACGACGACGACGAGGACCCGGACGUGGAUGUGGAGUCAAACCGUGGACAAGACGAGGAUGAGCCGAUCCAGAUAUCACCGGGAAGGGACCACCAUGACUCACCUGUCCCGGACCGGGUCUCCUCGGGUGCUGAGGAGAGUCAGGAGCAGCCUGACGCCUCCAGCCCGGGAGCAGCAGCAGCAGCAUCACCGGAGGACUCCGUGCACACGGGGUCAUCAGAUGAGGACAGGCGGAUGCGUAAUGGCUCCCCUCUUCAUGAAGUGUACGCUCAUGAAAAGGACGGCCACGUGCUCCUGAACGAGCCUUCAUCAUUCGGGUCGAAACAAUCGAGCAGAUCCAACGGUGUCCAUCACGUUUCUGAUACACAGAACCAACGAACAUCCCACCAGGAGCAAAAAGACAGACAAGCCGAUGGAGCUUUACGCAUCGAUAUCAGCGUUCAUGAAAGAGACCUGGAGAACAUGGCCAAAGAGGAAUUGCAGAAGCAGCUGGUGGAACAAGUUGAGCUGAGGAAAAAGUUGGAGAGAGAAUUUCAGCAUUUAAAAGAUAAUUUUCAGGAUCAAAUGAAGCGUGAGCUGUCCUACAGAGAGGAAAUGGUCCAGCAGCUGCAGAUUGUUCGAGACACUUUGUGCAGCGAGUUGGACCAAGAGAGAAAGGCUCGUUAUGCAAUACAGCAGAAGCUAAAAGAAGCUCAUGACGCCCUUCACCAUUUCUCCUGCAAGAUGCUCACUCCUCGUCAGUGUACCGGAGCCUGCACCUUCAAGCCCCCGCUGCUGCCUCCCUAG